CAAAGUAUCCGCUGAAACGAGCAGGUGGAAGAAAGUCCGUCGGACGACAACGUUAAAGUAUUGGGCGGCAGCAAACAUUCUACAGAGACGCCAUCCUCACAUUCGUUUCCUUCGAGUUUAUUUCGUCAACAAGUGGUGUCCAGCAGAGCCAGAGACAUGGACGGAGACCACGAUAAUACAGGAAUGCGUAAGAAUAGUAUUGGAGCCCUUCUGUCUGGUGCACGUCACAAUGAUGACGACGGUCCAGAUGAUGUACCACAUCAUGAAUCAAAACCUAGAGCAAAAAGUUCUUUGAUUGAAGAUCUCCAGAAUAUGGACCAGGGCUUUGAUUUUUCAUCCAUGGGGACUAUGGGAGACUUCUCAGGGUGGGGUUUUGGAGAUAGUGAUGUGGGCUCCAAGAAUGAUGAUAAUGAUGAUGAUGGUGGUGGUGGUGGUUGGAACCGUCGCAACAAUAGAGGCGGAGGAAGAGAUAACAGAGGAAGAGGUGUCGGCGGCAGAGAUCGAGGAGACAGAGAUGGUGGAGGAAGAGGAGGUGGCAGAGGAGGGAGAGGCGGAAGAGACAGGGAUGGUGGUGGAAGAGACAGGGAUGGAAGAAAUCAAAGCAGGGACAGAGGAAAUCGAAGAGACAGCUUCAACAAUGACUCAUGGAAACAGAAUGAUGACGACGAUGACAGAAAUGAUGACGGAGGUUGGAAAAAACCCAAUCGAGAAAGGGGUGGUGGUGGUGGAGGUGGCGGUGGCGGCAGCAGUGGUGGUGGAGCAGGAAAAGAUCGUGGCAACAUAAAGAAACCAGGAGACUGGACUUGUGGGGCAUGUGGCUUUGAUAACUUUGCUUCUCGUUCCCAGUGCUUCGAUUGUGGUGCAGACAAGAGCAACAAUAAAGGAGGCGGAGGAGGAGGAGGAGGGCGCCGGGAUUCAGGCUUUGAAGACCGUGGAAAUUUUGGUAACAUGGCUGGUGGCAAUGCCAGUUCUCUUGGAAAACGAAACCUCCCAGAGGAAGAGCCUCAACCAGAGCCUGAAAAACGGUCCAAGUUAGAUGCGGAUAUAUAUGGUCCGCCUAUGAUCACAAGCUGGACUGAUAUUAAAGAGUAUGAUGAUGAUCAUGAUGCACAGAUGUUCACUGAAGAAAAUCAGUAUCUAGCUCAGCGAUUUGGUGAAGGUGUAGUCAGAGUACGCUACACUAACCAAGGAGUGGUUGGCUAUUACUGUAUGAUAUGUGACGUUGAAAUGACAGGGGAAAAGCCCUUAGACCUACACUGCAAUGGUAUGAAGCACUUAAAGAAAAAGGAGAAGAGAGAUAAUCCUACACCAGAACCAAUGCAAAACCAGAAGAAAGAUAAAGGUUCUGGAUCAAGACCAAGGUUAUUACCCCCAGAAGCAUUUGGACGGGAGGGCGGAAAUGACCGUGACCGUGACCGUGGAAAGGAUCGAGACCGUCAAAAUAGAAAUAAUAGAAGUAGAUUUGAUGAUGAUUCAUACGACAACAGAGGAGGGAGAGGAAAUAUGGGACGUAACAGAGACAGAGAUAACUUUGGCGGCAGCGGCGGUGGAGGUGGAGGUGGUGGUAACUGGAAUCAAGGCAAUAAUCGUAAUGACUAUGGAGGGAAUGACAACUUCAACAAUCGUAAUCGUGGAGAUUUGUUACAUAUUAAAUCUAAUGUAUACAUGUUGAGAACAAGUCUUGUUUACACAUUUGGUGGAAUGUAG